AUGUGCUUUUACGAUCACUACUCCCCACGAUUCCGCCUUAAACUCUUGUCCCCCCCUGCUAACUCAAAGAAACUACGAGUAGGAGACCUCUACCCCUGCGGCGCCCCAACCCUCCAGCUCCUAAAGACACUGACUACUACCCCGCACCUCCUCCAAUCAACCGUCGCCCGUUGCACUGACAUCCUCCGCCUCGCAACAGACAAGUUGCAUGCGUUCCCCUAUCGUGAGGUGCCGCUGUGCUGGCUGAGGCUGUACACGGAUGUGAGCAUACUGAAAGGCGUCUAUCUGGUUCAGAAGCUAUUUUCCGUCAGGGAUGCGGACGGUGUUAGGCGUGCGGAUGAGGAGAUAGUCAGGACGCUAGACAUGGCUUUGAUUAUGGCGGGGGCACCCGGCAAUGGGCGGCGGGAGGUUAUCGAGAAGAUAUUGGCCGAGUUGGAGGGGUAUGUUGAGGCUUUCCUGGCUGUGCAUGGAGGGGAGGUGAUGGAGGGGGUUGAGAUGAAUGGUGUUGGGGGGAAGGGGAAGGGGAAGGGGAAGGGGAAAGUGGAGAAGACGAGAGCGAAUGGGGACAGGGAGGGGGAGGCGGGGGGGGAAGACGGGGAAGCAUCGAGGAGAAAGCGAAGGAGACUAACCACCCCACCCCCCUCCCUUCUCCCCCAAGGAUUCCGCGCUUCUUCCACUCCAUCACCAAAAAUCACCCACCAGAUCCCGAUCCGACCAACUCCCCCAUCCCUCGGCUUCUUCCAACACCACCUCAACACGGCAAACACCCCGCUACAGAUCCAAAACCUGCUGACCGCCUGGCCAGCAGCGACCACAAACCCUUGGUCCUCGCCCUCCUACCUCCUCUCGAAAACCCACUUUGGCACCCGCCUCGUGCCCAUCGAGUUGGGCAAGUCCUACACUGUAGAGAACUGGUCCCAGAAGAUCAUGCCAUUCCGCGACUUCUUAAGGACCUACAUCCUCUCCCCGGGGGCGGACGGGUCGUCAUAUCCGGGCUAUCUGGCCCAGCACAGCCUAUUCUCCCAAAUCCCUUCAUUAAGAGAGGACAUCUUAACGCCGGAUUACUGCUAUACCACGCCGCCGCCUGGGCCCCCUAGCGUACGCACGCAUCCACUUGAAGGCCCGAUCGUUAAUGCUUGGUUUGGUCCCGCGGGGACGGUCUCGCCGUUGCAUACGGAUCCCUAUGCGAAUGUCCUAUGUCAGGUGCUCGGGCGGAAGUAUGUCAGGCUCUACCCGCCCUCCGAGAGCGAGAAGCUGUUCCCCAGGGGUGUUGAGGGGGGCGGCGUCGAUAUGUCGAAUACUAGUAGGGUGGAUAUGGACGCUGAAGGUGGUGGAGUCGAGGUGGAGGAGUGGGAGAGGUUUCAGGGUGCGAGGUAUCUGGAAGGCGUGCUGAGGACUGGCGAGGGGUUGUUUAUUCCGGUGGGUUAUUCCCCUCUUAUUCUCUGCCUGGGUAAGCGCAUAUGAGCUAACCGUGGACGUACUGAUAGGCUGGGUGGUGGCAUUACGUUCGCUCGCUGGACACAAGCUUUAGCGUGAGCUUUUGGUGGAAUUAGAAGCGGGAUAUGCAUGGAAAAGGGUGUCGGUAGAAGCCAGAAAGCCGUGGUUUCUGUUCCUGUAGAAGACAAGACGCUGCACGAAGAGAAAGUAGACUGGACAAUAGGAUACAGUAGAACAAUAUACUCGUACAC